AUGAACACAACGGGGUAUUCAGCCGGUGAUGACAACUCCCAGGCCAUGGUAUGGGAGCCCGAGUGCAACGCUAUGGCCGGUCGACUGUGGCGUAACCUUCACGAGUCGUUUGUCCGGCGAUCGGAGGCCCGACGGGCGGACAUCCGAGUGGUGUUUAUCGGCGCCUCAAUCGUGCAGUACUGGUGCGAAGAGGGCUGUCGUGUAUGGGAUCAGUACUAUCACCGCAACGGUGCCGUCAAUUACGGCAUCUGCGGCGACACCAUUCAAAAUGUCUUGUGGAGAGUCCGGCACCGGGUGUUGGAUGGUCUCCAGCCGCGGGUGGUUGUCCUCCAAUGCGGCGCUAACAAUAUGGAGCCAUUCGGUCGGCCGACCGACGAAGACAUCGGUCGCGGUGUCGGCCAAUUGAUCGGCGAAAUACGGGCCAAACUGCCGGACGCGAAGAUUAUAUCUGUCGGACUCAUGCCGUUAAGUGACCCCCAGUUUACCGCUAAAGCCCGUCGUGUGAACGCUUGUAUCGCCCCCUUCGCUGAUGGUAAAGAUGUCCACUUCUUGGAUCUGAUCCCACAUAUGACUGAUAGCGAUGGCCAGCAAAGGGGCGAACUGUUCACCGAUGGCUUGCAUUUGUCGGCUGAGGGCUACGCUGUUUGGCACCGGUAUAUGUGGCCAGUGAUGGAGAAGUUGUUAUAAGUGAUGAUUGUUUUGAUGAUUAUUAGGUUUAGGUAUUGAUAUUGUGUUUGUUUUUAGUAUUAUUUUUACAUUGAUUUUGUACUGAUUUUGUAUUUUUAUUAAUAAACCAAUUGUUUUGUUAU